UAUUUCAACCAAGCGAGUAGCAAGCGCUGAGGCUUCAGGGUAUUGUAGUCUUCUUUACUUCUGGUGCUGGGCUGUGUUACAGGCUCCUCCUGUUUGCUGAACUACACAACCCAGCGCGCUUGACUUCCCCAGUGCAGGAAAGAAACAAUGGCAGAGACUGAGCUGGGGAGUUUUACUAAGGAUGCCCAAGGUGCUGAGAAGGUAGCCGCCAAGUCCCGCAGUGGCGGCAGCGAGGGCACGUUGGACAAAUUAUUACCUCCUGUGACCAGUACUCUGUCACCAAGAAAGCGAACCACAAGCCAAUGCAAAUCUGAGCCACCACUUCUAAGAACAAACAAACGGACAAUUUAUACGGCAGGACGGCCUCCGUGGUACAAUGAACAUGGAACUCAGUCCAAAGAAGCAUUUGUUAUUGGAUUGUGUGGAGGCAGUGCUUCAGGCAAAACUACAGUGGCCAGAAAAAUAAUAGAAGCUUUGGAUGUGCCCUGGGUUGUCCUUCUGUCUGUGGACUCCUUUUACAAGGUUCUCACAAAAGAACAACAAGAGCGUGCUGCCAACAAUGAGUAUAAUUUUGACCAUCCCGAUGCUUUUGACUUUGGUCUCAUUGUGUAUACUCUAAAGAAAUUAAAACAAGGGAAAAGUGUAAAAAUUCCAGUGUAUGAUUUUACAACACAUUUAAGGAAGAAGGAAUGGAAAACAUUAUAUGGAGCCAGUGUGAUCAUAUUUGAAGGCAUAAUGGCUUUUGCUGAUAAAGAAGUAUUGAAGCUGUUGGACAUGAAGAUCUUUGUAGACACGGAUUCAGAUAUUCGAUUGGUACGACGCCUACGCAGAGAUAUUGCUGAGCGGGGGCGUGACAUUGAAGGAGUUAUCAAGCAGUACAACAAAUUUGUCAAGCCAUCAUUUGAGCAGUUCAUUGAGCCAACAAUGCGCCUGGCAGACAUAGUUGUUCCACGAGGAGGAGGGAAUAUGGUGGCUAUCGACUUAAUAGUCCAACAUGUCCAUAGUCAGCUGGAGGAGAGGAAACUGCGCUGGGAUAUGGCAACCUUGGCAUCUGCCCACCAAGCACAGCCAUUGCCAGAGACAUUGAGUGUGUUGAAGAGUACUCCGCAGGUUCAGGGGAUGCACACGUUUAUUAGAAAUAAAGACACAUGUCGAGAUGAGUUUAUAUUCUAUUCAAAGAGGUUGAUGAGACUUUUGAUAGAGCACGCACUUUCGCUAUUGCCUUUCAAGACGUGCACAGUUCAGACACUACAAGGAGAGGACUAUGAAGGGAGAAGAUAUGAUGGUACAAGAAUUACAGGCGUAUCCAUUCUAAGAGCAGGAGAGACUAUGGAACCAGCCCUACGAGCAGUAUGUAAAGACGUGAGGGUCGGCAAAAUCCUGAUCCAGACUAAUCACACUACAGGAGAGCCAGAGCUUCACUACCUGAGAUUGCCCAAGGACAUCAGUGAGGAUCACGUUAUUUUAAUGGACUGUACGGUAUCCACGGGGGCUGCAGCGUUGAUGGCCAUCAGAGUGUUACUGGAUCACGAUGUGCAAGAGGAUAAGAUCUUUUUGAUCUCCCUUCUGAUGGCAGAAAUGGGCGUGCACUCGGUGGCAUAUGCAUUCCCACAGGUGAAAAUUAUCACCACAGCAGUAGACAAAAAAGUCAAUGACUUGUUCCAUAUCAUCCCUGGCAUAGGCAACUUUGGAGAUCGUUAUUUUGGAACUGACGCCCCUGCUGAUUUGUGUGAAGAUGAUGACUGUGCAGCAUUGUGAUACAUAUUCAUAUUGUUGGCACUGUUGUAGUUAAAAACCUUGUGGACUAUUAGAAGAACUGUUUAAGCUUUUGCACAAUGGAAUUUAGUUGCAGUGGUCAGCUCCUUGUUAUGGCCUGCAUCCUUUAGUUUUAUUGGACAGAAUAUCUUAUUGCCAUGGAGUGAAAGGACUAACCUUUGUUUGGCACUAAAAAUGCCAAUUCAAGUUCAGCCCAUCACCUCAGUUUAGCACAACCUGUUGGUUUGUUUCACAUCAAAAGUGCAACAGCUUAGUAAGUACAGUAUCUACUGUGCAGUUGGUACUAUCCUGCAUCAGAUGAUAGUUUGUAUACAAAAUAGCUGAGGUGUUUUUUUUAAGGUAAGCCGUGACAUUUUCUUGCAACAUUGGAAAUAUGGAAACUUUUUUCAAAACUGAGGAAAGUAAUUAUUUUUAUUGUUACUUUUUAGAUAAUAUAAUACUUAAUUUAAAAUAAUUGAAUGUAAGAUUUCUCAAAAAUAUUCUUAAAAUAAAAUUUUACCCAGACUCAGAAUACUCUUGAAAGAGUGUAUCUGUUUUUGCAGCUAGCUUUAAUUUGGUACAUCACUACUGAGUGCUUAUGUUGUACACUUUUAUUAACAGUUAUCACAAUACUUCUGGAGAUUGUUCACAAGCACUUUAGAAAUUAAAAUGGUGUAAGUUAUCAUUCCUAUUUAGAAGAUCGGUGUGAAUUUAAAUGCAUUGUAAUCCUGAGAAAGUAUUCAUCUUAAAAGGAAUAUCAUCACCCCAACUGCAACCAUUUUGGUAUGGGUGUUGGGAUCACUGUGAAAAAGCUUCUGUGGAGAGAGAGAGGGAGAGAUCAACAAAUACUUUCAUUGAUAGACAUUAGCUGCAAUACUUGUAAUCGGAAUCUGUGUUUAUAAUGAAUGAAACUCUCGUAUUUUAAAAUAAAAAAGUUUUAUAUUUUGA